GCAAAUAAAAUCAGUGUUAGAAAUUCUGAUUAUUGGUUAUUAAAUAAUUUUCAAUUUUCUUACAGGUUUAGAUGAUGUCAUGAUUGAUAUUAGUUCUUAUACUGCCGCUAAAAAUGUCACAAUCGAAUGUUCUGCAAAUGGCAAUCCACUUCCCGUGAUAAAUCUCCUUAAAGAUGGUGAUGUUAUCAAGACCGAAAAUAACUCACAUUUAACAUAUAAGAUAGACAUUGUAACAGAGAGGGAUGGAGGAAGCUACAAAUGUACAGCGAAAAACGGAGCUGGUUCUAAAGAAAGUGAAACAACAAUUCUCAAUUAUUAUGUUGACUAUUGUGUUUCUAAUCCAUGUGGAAAUAGAGGGACUUGCAGACCUGCUAAUUUUGAGUUUACUUGUGAAUGUCAACAAGGCUACAGUGGGAGAUAUUGUGAAAAUAGCAUUUACUGCACAAGUUUGACAAUUGGAAUGUUGUUUGUUGGUAUAAUUGUUGGAGCCUUCGGAGUAAUUGGUGGAUUGAUCGGCUACACGAGGAUUAAACGGAAGGCACAAAUAGGCAAGAGGAGUGCGAACCAAAGACAGAACUUAGAUAAGGCACAAAUAGGCAAGAGGAGUGCGAACCAGAGACAGAACUUAGAU